GUGUAGCUAGCUAGCUACGUCAAUGUGGCUGUCGGAAAAGUGAGACGCAAGUUACAAUAAACCCGCUUGAGCCGAAAACCACGUCUACAGGGGCCGAAAGGAGACGUAGUUAUAAACCAACAUGUCUCGGCACAGAAAUGUCCGAGGCUGCAACUACGAUGAAGGCAAGCUGUUCUCUCGUCUGAACCAGAUGCGUGAGGUGCUCGGUGACACAGUGCCAGAGUCUGUCCUUACCCAGGUUGCCUUGCAGUGCGCCUUCGACCCCGAGAGAGCCCUGGAAACCAUCCUAUCAGACGAGAGCACCGGUGCCCCGCCCCGGUCCGCUAAGACCCAUCAGGACGCACCACUGCCCCAGGGAGUCAAUAAGGAAGGACCACUGCCCCAGGGAGCCAAUAAGGAAGGACCACUGCCGCAGCGAGCCAAUAAGGAGAUGGCAGCGGCACCAAGAUCCAAUCAGGAGGCAUCAGCCACCCCACCACCAAAGAAAGGAGCCUGCCUAUCCAACUCUGACACUGUACUCAGACCAGCUAUACGUCCAUCUGCCGAUCCCCUGAACCUUAGUGACCUCCGAGCUCGGCCCGUGAAAGGUCGCUGUCAUGACACUCACAACCUCUCCACUUCGACUCUGAAUUUCGCGGCGGGUUCCGCAAGGCCCUCGGCGACUGUUGCCGAGGCGGGGAGCAGCAGCAGCCUGGCCCAGUUGAUGUCUGAGCAUGAUCAGAAGAGUCAGAGGGCGGGACUCCCCUCACUGUCCUCAUCUCCACUGGCUGCUCUUUCUGGCCUCUCAUUGGGCACUCUAGCGUUGUUAAACUCCAACUCCGCCCCCAUGGCUACGAGUCCCCCCGGCCACCUUGCCUCCUCUUUGGGUAGCUUGUCCUUAGGCAACCCCAAACUGACAGCUCCGGGCGCCAAUAUGGCCUCUCCCUCCUUCGGCAGCCUGAGCUCCGUCCUCCAGAGCAGCCGACCAAUGGAGAUAGGGUCUGGGGGAGGGGCUAAGGGGGCGGAUCCAAAAGGAAGCCCGUCAUUGGCUGAGCUGAUCCAGGAACAUUCCAACAGCAGCCCCACCCUCUACAGAACACUCCCCGGUCUCCACGGGAACAGCUCAAUCCCCAUUGCCCACGGCAACACAACUCAGACCCCCGCCGGACCAGCGCCAGCUCUCACACGCUCCCUGUCCCAGCUCCAACAAUCCCCAGGACCUCUGAACACACACUGUUUCCCCCAGACCCAGAUCACGACAACACCAGAACCUCACGUCCUCUCUCUGUCUCUGUUGGCCUCUCGCCGUCAGCCAGUAAGCACGGUGUCAGCAGCGGACCCAGACGGGCAGCAGGCAGAGGUAGAACCACCUCCAGUCCGACUGGGGAAGCUCUCUCAACUAGCCUCUCAGCACCACACCAGAACAUCCUCCGAAACCCCACCAUCACUCUCCCUCGCCGCACUCCUGUCACCGGGGAAACCACAGCCAAGAAGUAUCCAAGAGGGUGGAGUCAGAGACAAACCCCGCCCCCUUUUGUCACACACUCCCCUGAGUCUCCACCCACCGCGGGGUGAUCAGAGUAUUGAUCUAAGCGUGCUCAUGGCCCAGUCGUCCCACGGUGGAGCGUUGUUCGCGCGUCGCCACGACAAAGGCCUCUCCUCGCCGUCCGCGGUCGCCGUGCGGUCAGACCACCACCGCCAACGUUCCUCUGUGUUCGCCCGACCGUCCGUCUUCGCCCUGACCCUGUCGGUGCGUGCGCCCAGCCGGGGGAAGAGGAGGAGGAGGAGGAUGAUGAUGAUGAAGGCUGUGGGAGAUCUGAGGUUAGAGGUCAGUGGAGGGGGUCACCCGGCGUUUCUGUACGGAACACAGACCCAGCUGGUCAAAGCUAAAGAACAGAUGCCCCUCUUACCCAUAACCCCUUUCACCUUCGACACGCCCUCCCCCGACGACGUCGUACGAGCCAAUCAGAAGAAGGCCUUCACCCGCGAGUAAAGGUCACUAAGGAAGUGGACUGUCUGUUGCUAGGCUACGCACCCUAUUUAGUGCAUUACUUUUGUCUCUGUUUAAAAGUAGUGCACUGUGCAGGGAAUAGGGUGCCAUUUGACACGUAACCAAGGUGCAUGGAUUGAAGAACAGCAACAGGGAGAUUGGAGGUUUUAUGAAAGAAAGGUAUUUUUUAACGGCUGUUUUAAAGUAAUCUGAGAGUUGUAUUAAUACAUUUAAAAGCAUUUAUUUUUUCUACUGUAGGCUAGGUAAGAUUUUGCUCCCAUUUUAUUUGGAUAGUCCAGAUAGCAUGACCAUCUACAGAUGGACUAUCCACAAAACUCUUUGUUGAUAAGCAAAAUGAUUAGAAUAAGGGUUAGGAUUAAGAUUAGUAGAUCGUUGACAUGCUACUGAUCUGUGUCUGGUCUACAGACUAUCCAAAUGAAGUGUUACCAAGAGGUUCUGUACAUAUUAUACUUUUGAUUCGUCUGUUUUUUGGGCUGAUUACAUUUUAUUGGAUUUU